CGCAGAGACCGGGGCGGAGCGGCGUGAGGAGGAGGGAAGAAGGAAGGGAGAAGGGGAGUUCAGAGGCUACUGGAGGCGGGAUCGGCUGCAGGGCGCAAGACGUAUAACCAUGACUGUUGACUGGAUUGGUUUUGGAUAUGCUAGCAUAAUAGCAUCUGGAGGCUUUUUGGGAUAUCACCGCAAAGGAAGCAUUGUGUCUUUGGUUGCCGGUCUUUUCUUUGGCUUGUUGGCAGCUUAUGGAGCUUACCGUAUCUCCUGGGACCCCCGAGAUGUCAAAAUGUCACUACUUACUGCCUUCUUUCUAACCACUUUCAUGGGCAUAAGGUUCAAGAGAUCGAAGAAACUCAUGCCAGCAGGGAUUGUGGCUGGCCUAAGCCUCUUGAUGAUUUUGAGACUCGUCUUGUUGCUCACAUGAGAAUCCCCAGCUACCAAGGUCUUCAUUCUCAUCCUUCUACCACAGCAGACUAAAUAUGCUCUUUGUACCUGAAAGAUUAAGUUUCAACAAGAAAUAUCAAGCAUCUUUAAGGAAAAAGAUAACAACUAACAAACUGACACUUCUCAUAUUAGCAUUAGUUUACAACAUUUUUUUUUGAACCAAAAAAGUUUUCAGCUUUUUCCUAGUUGAUAAUCAUUUUUCCCCUCCUUAUAUAUUUA